GAUGGGAAGCUCUGGAGGAAUUGAUUAUGGUGCUUACACCUAUGAGAACCUUGAGAGGGAGCCUUACUGGCCAUCUGAGAAGCUCCGCAUCUCCAUUACCGGAGCUGGAGGGUUUAUUGCUUCUCACAUUGCUCGCCGGCUGAAGAGCGAGGGCCACUACGUUAUUGCUUCUGACUGGAAGAAAAACGAGCACAUGACUGAGGACAUGUUCUGUCAUGAGUUUCAUCUCGUUGAUCUGAGGGUUAUGGACAAUUGUCUGAAGGUCACUCAAGGAGUUGACCAUGUCUUCAACCUUGCUGCUGAUAUGGGUGGAAUGGGGUUCAUUCAGUCUAAUCACUCUGUUAUUAUGUACAACAACACAAUGAUCAGCUUCAACAUGAUGGAAGCUUCCAGGAUUAAUGGCGUUAAAAGGUUCUUCUAUGCCUCUAGUGCAUGCAUUUACCCUGAAUUCAAGCAACUAGAGACUAAUGUGAGUUUGAAGGAAUCUGAUGCAUGGCCUGCUGAGCCUCAAGAUGCAUAUGGAUUAGAGAAACUUGCGACCGAAGAAUUGUGCAAGCAUUACAACAAAGAUUUUGGAAUUGAAUGCCGUAUUGGAAGGUUCCACAACAUUUAUGGUCCAUUUGGAACAUGGAAAGGUGGAAGGGAAAAAGCUCCUGCUGCUUUCUGUAGAAAAGCGUUAACUUCAACAGAUAAAUUCGAAAUGUGGGGAGAUGGACUUCAAACUCGUUCGUUUACUUUCAUCGAUGAGUGUGUUGAAGGUGUUCUCAGGUUAACAAAGUCAGACUUUCGGGAGCCUGUUAACAUUGGAAGUGAUGAGAUGGUUAGCAUGAAUGAGAUGGCUGAGAUGGUUCUUAGCUUUGAUGAGAAGAAGCUGCCGAUUCACCACAUUCCCGGGCCAGAAGGUGUCCGUGGUCGAAACUCUGACAACACUCUCAUCAAGGAGAAACUUGGUUGGGCUCCAACAAUGAGAUUGAAGGACGGGUUGAGAAUCACCUACUUCUGGAUCAAGGAACAGCUCGAGAAGGAGAAAGCUCAAGGCGUCGAUCUCUCCACAUAUGGAUCUUCCAAGGUGGUGGGAACCCAAGCCCCGGUGCAACUUGGAUCGCUCCGUGCUGCUGAUGGCAAGGAAUGAGUGGUGUUUGAAGCUGAGGUUUGGGUUGGUUUGAUAUAGAUGUACUUGUACCCUAUAAAAAUGUUGAAAAGUUGCUUUGUUUGGAGGGGGCAUAUUUAUCUUCCUGUUUUUCCUAUCUUAGCUGAUGAAAAACUAUUCUGCCCUUGAACCCCAAUAAGGCCUUGGCCAAGUUUGAUGUACAAUCAUGGUGGUUUGGAUGAUUUUCUUAUUUGAAUUAAUGGUCAUUUUAUCUUCAUCAACCAAA